AUGGGAGGGGGCGUCGGGGCCGGAGACCCCCCGAGCCGCUGCGGGCCGCGGCUGCUGCUGCGGCUGGUGCCGGUGCUGGCGGUGCUGGCGGCGGGGGCGGCGGAGGCGAGUGCGGCGGCGGGGAGCCCGACGCCCGACGGCACGGUGAUGGGCGCCGGCACCCCGCCGAGCCCCGGCGGCACCGCCUCCGAGGAGACGCGGCUGCACGUCUUCACCCUGGACUACCCCCACGUGCAGAUCCCCUUCGAGAUCACCCUCUGGAUCCUGCUGGCGUCCCUCGCCAAGAUCGGCUUUCAUCUUUACCACAAGUUGCCCUCAAUAGUACCUGAAAGCUGCCUCCUUAUUCUGGUUGGAUUGCUUCUUGGUGGCAUUAUUUUUGGAGCGGAGGAGAAGUCCCCACCUGUAAUGAGCAGUGAUGUUUUCUUCUUAUAUCUUUUACCACCGAUUGUACUCGACGCUGGAUAUUUUAUGCCAACUCGUCUUUUCUUUGAGAACUUCGGUACUAUAUUCUGGUAUGCCGUGGUAGGCACACUCUGGAAUGCCAUUGGCAUUGGGAUUUCACUUUAUGGAAUUUGCCAAAUCAGUGCAUUUGGUUUGACUGAUAUCACAUUGCUGCAGAAUUUGCUCUUUGGCAGCCUCAUUUCAGCUGUGGAUCCUGUGGCAGUGCUAGCUGUUUUUGAAAAUAUUCAUGUCAAUGAGCAGCUUUACAUCCUGGUGUUUGGAGAGUCAUUGCUGAACGAUGCUAUAACUGUGGUCCUGUACAAUUUGUUCAAGUCUUUCUGCCAGAUGCGCACAAUUAAGGUUAUUGAUGUAUUCGCUGGAAUUGCUAACUUCUUUAUAGUGGGGAUCGGUGGAGUAUUGAUUGGAAUCCUUUUGGGAUUUGUAGCAGCCUUUACCACCCGUUUCACCCAUAAAAUCCGAGUGAUUGAGCCACUCUUUGUCUUCCUGUACAGUUACUUGUCAUACAUAACAGCUGAAAUGUUUCAUCUCUCGGGCAUCAUGGCGAUUACAUCUUGUGCCAUGACCAUGAAUAAAUAUGUGGAGGAAAACGUUUCCCAAAAAUCCUAUACAACGAUAAAGUAUUUUAUGAAGAUGUUGAGCAGUGUCAGUGAGACCUUAAUCUUCAUUUUCAUGGGAGUGUCCACAGUUGGGAAGAACCAUGAGUGGAACUGGGCCUUCGUUAGCUUCACCCUCCUUUUCUGUUUAAUAUGGAGGGCACUGGGUGUUUUUGUUCUGACUCAGAUCAUUAAUGUGUUCCGGACAAUUCCCCUCACUUUUAAGGACCAAUUUAUUAUUGCUUACGGUGGCCUCCGAGGAGCUAUUUGUUUUUCACUUGUGUUUCUGCUUCCUUCUACUGUGUUCCCCAGGAAGAAGUUGUUCAUCACUGCCGUUAUUGUGGUGAUAUUCUUUACUGUUUUCAUUCAGGGAAUAACGAUUCGUCCACUGGUGGAGUUUCUUGAUGUCAAAAGGUCAAAUAAAAAGCAACCUGCUGUCAGUGAAGAAAUUUAUAACAGGUUCUUCGAUCAUGUGAAGACAGGAAUUGAAGAUGUCUGUGGACACUGGGGUCACAACUUUUGGAGAGAUAAGUUUAAAAAGUUUGACAAUAAAUACCUGCGAAGACUUCUCAUCCGGGAGAACCAGCCCAAAUCCAGCAUUGUUUCUUUGUACAAGAAGCUGGAAAUAAAGCAUGCCAUCGAGAUGGCCGAGAGUGGAAUGAUCAGCAAAGUCCCAUCGUCGGUGUCUCUCAGUGAAUAUCAUGAAGGAAAAAUAAAACCAUUGUCUCCCACUGAAAUGGAAAACAUGCGGGAAAUUCUAACAAAGAAUCUCUACCAAAUACGACAUCGAACAAUGUCAUAUAACCGACAUAGCCUGGCUGCAGAUGCAAAUGAGAAGCAGGCCAAAGAAAUUCUUAUCCGUCGCCGGCACAGCCUUAGGGAGAGCCUAAGGAAAACUAACAGCCUGUCAAGAGAAAGACCGGCUGCUGCUGCAAAUACAAAAAGAUUUCUUUCACUUCCUAAAAACACUAAACUCCCAGAGAAACUACGUGUAAGAAAUAAAACAUCUUCCAGAGUGGGUGACAGCAGUGACUCUGAAAUGGAUGCCACUACCACGGUGCUCAAUUUAAGACCCAGAGCAGGGAAAAUCUUGAGAGAACAGAGAUUGAGGCAGCAGCGGCCACCGUCUGAGUUAAGGAUGGAGUGGAAGAAUGAAGUCGAUGGGAGCCAGAAUGGACGAGGAGAGCAGCAGGAGCCAGGCAACCUGCCUCAGCCAUCCGUUGGGUUCAGGCAGCCACUGCUGACGAGACCAAGAUUUGGCACUUUGAGCAGGGAAGAUUUGACUGCAGACCAUGGGUCGGCAAGACCUAUACCACCACCACGAUUGGUUAGGCAGGCGUCACAAGGGGAAAGACAGAGAAAUAAGCCUGAGAACCAGCCGUAUUGA